UGUGUUCUUACACCAAUAGUUGUGUUUCUGUUCAUGAAAAGUUAAACAAACAGAUGCGGAAAUGAGUCGGCAUAAUUUGCUGAAUGCGUCCAUGAGAUGAGGAUAGUUUUUGUUAGUGGGGUUAUUAAUAUAAUAUUAUCAUUUGAUUGUUACUGAAUUUCUAAAGCCUGUUGUUUGCGUUUUGAGUUUGACUGUUUGCUUUGAGCAUUACACAAAAUUUAUACAUUUCUUACUGGACAUUUUCAUCAUGUAUGAUCUGCUUGUGUUAAAUAUUCAGAAAAAAUCAAAGCGAAUAUUUAAUAAUAUUUUUACCGUUCAAAGCAUUGUAUCUCUGUAUAAACCCUUAUGAAAAUGAACCAUGGUUUUACUACAAAUAAAACCAAAAAUAAAACAUGGUUACUAUAGUUAAACCAUGGUAACCAUAAAUUAACCAUGUUAUUUGCUACACUAACCAUAGUUUAACCAUGAAAUUUGUAGUUUUACUGUGGUUAUAAAAAUGGUAAUCAAUACGCCGAAAAAACAUGGUUACUACACUUUUCCCAUAAAACCAUGGUUAAUUUUCAUCCUGUACAAAUAAAGUGUAGUCUGCAUGUGUCACAUGACACUUCUGUUUUCAGGUUCAGUCUGUUCUGGAAACAUUUGCUGCUGCUGUUUUGCAUUGUUAUUUAUAGCGAAACCACCUCUAUACAUGUACCAGGAAAAAAGGGAGGCAGCGCCACCCUGCCAUGUGAAUUUGAGGACCGAGACAUUUUUGAUGUUAUUUUAAAGAGUCUGUCAAAAGACAUCCCUGUUUGUAAGACUGAAGAAUGUAAUGGACGCGUAUUUAAAAUAGGAGCGUGUGACGUCGUCAUCAAGGAUCUGAGACUGAGCGACGCUGGGAAAUACAUUCUGAGAGUCUUUUACCGCAAUGAUCAGGCAGAGCUUGACCGACAAACCAGGGAGUACCAUCUUCAUAUUGAUGUGGAGAUUUCUGUGAAAACAGGCGAGGAGCUGAAGUUGGAUGUUCUCUUGACCAACACUGAUAAAGUGGAGACAAACUCUAGUGGAGAGUGGAGAGAGGUGUGGAACAGAAGAGAUGGGGUCCUGGAUCAUCAUCUGACCGACACUGAUGGAAACCUCACCAUCAAAGGGUUUACAGCCAAUGACACCGGAACAUACAGAGUUCUGGACUCAGAUGGAGAAAUCUUGAUCACAGUGACAGUCACAGGAUCUAGUACAGAGUCAAAAGAAAAACUGAACAAAACUGAUGGCUCAAAAAAUAUGAUUAUUGGGCUGUCUGUGUGUGGGCUUCUGGUGUUUCUGGCUUUUAUUAUACUUGCUGUCAUCAGGAUAUACAAGCGUCGGCACAGAAACCCAGAACAUGAGCCUCAUCUAGGGGUCCCAUUGCAAGACACUGUACAAGGGGCCCAAAACAGCUAGCAACACCACUGGUUACUUGUAGUUUGACUUCAGAGCAAAAAAGGUCUUCAGAGGAUCUUCAGAGAAGUCCAAAGUUGAGUCUCUGUUCCUUCCAAGUUGUUUUUCCCAUAUUAAAUGUCUUUAGGGAGUUUUUGAUUUUAACAGUAAAAGACUGAAAAAAAUGCUACAGUAAAAACAUGUUAAUUCGUUAACAGAAUGUUUCUCUACUGUACUAUAUACGGUGCAUAGCUGUGAUUACAUUUAAUGUAAUUUUACAGUAAAGUACUGUUAAAAUCAUGGUUUUUGGAAGGGGAAAAGAACAGGACAUUGCAUGUAUUGUGUCAUUUCAUUAUUUUGUGUGUUAUCAUGAUGGUGUUUGGUAUUUCAUUGAAUGACACUGUGCAGCUAGAUAUAAGUAUUGCAGCUCGUGGAAAAGCUGCUUGUGAUGAGUUUUGGUUCAUUGUGAUAUAUUCAUCACCACCUAUUUUUGGUGGUUAUCUGUAUUACAAAGGUACAAAACAGAUUUCAGUACUUCAAUGGAUUGGUAUAUUAUCAUUCUAUCAGUUAAUGAAAUAAUAUAUAUAUAUUUUUUUUACUCUGAAUUUAAAUUAAGACUGUAAAACCUAAAAUGUUGCUACCAUAUUUUUUUAUUGCAAAGUUUUGGCAACCACAGCUGUAUGUAUUUCACUGUAGAUGUCACUGUUUUAUUUUAUUUUAUUUUUUUUACAGUGCACACUGCUGUUGACUUUAAAUGCUAAUUUAGAUAGCUAAAUUUAAAAUUUAGGUGCCUGAGUUAUUUAUUUUAAUUUUUUAAACUGUACAUGUUGUAAACCACAUUUGAUAAAAAAUAAUUAUUUUUAAGAAUUAUGUUUUAUAUACAGUAUAUAUAUAUACUGAAUUUGGUAAUAUUGAAGAAUUAUUACUGUUUUUUUGUAUUGUUUAACUGGGUGUAAACACUUACUCAGGACAAAUAAUGAACUUGAAAAUGACCUGAUAAAUCCUCCUUUCAUCCCAGGGAUGAAAAUAAGCUACCAUAAACAAACUCAGAGCAAUAUGUGGUGCUCAAAAGCCAGGAACAGUGCCAUGCUUGAUGGACUUUAUACAUAUAUAUUCAAACAGAUUAUUGUAAUGCUUUUCUUGGCAUCUUUCUUAUUACCUCACUGUGACUGUGACGUUUUUGAUAAUUAAAUAUGUUUGAAUGUGAGCAGUCAUGUCUUGGGAGUUCUGGUUUUUGAGUUCUGUUUGUGACUGAACUGCAGGAAUAUUGCUUAAAAGUAAACAUUCGAAUUAAACGUCUACAUCAUUUCAUUAUGCUAAUGCCUGGUAUCUGGGAGAAGAGAUUCAUCAAUAUGCUUGAGGACUUUUGGGAUAAUUUUAGGUUUGCAGUCUUUGAAUUAGUUUGAUUUUUUUUUUUUUCAGCUUGUUUUAUUUCAGUCAUAUUGAUUUAAUGCUCAGUGUAUGAGAUGGAAAAUUAACUGUUGAUCAGUGAGAUUCAUUGACUGCAGUUCAUAAAAGAUGUUCUGUGGAGUAUGUCAUUACAUUCUGUUGUCUUUAUAUUUAAAUGUCUAACUUAAUAAAUAAUUUUGCCUGC